AUGGAUUAUCAAUCUCCUUUGAAUUUAAGCUAUCAGUCUUUUCAUUCAAAUUCUUCUAUUAAGAAAAAGAUCAACCCAACCUAUGAUUUUUCAAAGUGGAGCAUGGAAAGACCGAGAGGCCUAGCUCGUUCAGAAUUUUCUCAGAAUUCAUUUUCAAAUAUAAGCUUCACAUCUCAAGGAUUUUUUAAUGAUCAUAAGCCAUCGAGAAAAAUAAUCGAUGCUCCACAGCCACUACCAAGCAGGCCAAGCAGUAAAAGGCAUAGAACUCAAACGCCAUCAAGAGAUCCCAUUUUGCAAUCUGAAGAAAUUCAAUAUCAGCAAAGCAAUAGAAAGCAUGGGUAUAAUGCCAAGCCAUCACCUGAUUAUGAUUAUUUUAACAAAAGAAAAAACUGUUUGCCUGCUGAGCUUGGAAUCUCAAAAUCAUCAUAGUAAAUUUUAUAUAGCAAUCGAAGAAAUAUGAGCACGGUAUUUGAAAAUUCAUUUGAUGCUUAUUAUACUAAGCCUGCUAAAAUAAAUCAUCAACAAUCUCAAUGUGCUGAUUUAAUACAUUACAGGUAUGGACCAAGUUUUAAGGAUGAGGAAAUCACUACGAAGAUAUAA